AUGAUAUUAAUAGGCGUACUGUUCGGCUUGAUGCAAGCUGUAAGGGGCUUCAACCUGGAUGUUGUCAACUUGGCUGCUGAUUAUGUGAAGCACAAAGAUUUGCGACACGUCUGCUAUUUUACGUGUCAGAGUCGAUAUUACAACACUAUACUGGUACACAAAUUAACAAAGCAGAGCGUCCGUGUGUCCGUCUGGCGCAUUGAUGAGAGAGUGAACAGAGACGUGGUGCGAGCCGCGUACCGGAGUACCGGGGCUGUGGGCUUGCUGCUCGACGCGCACUGCCGCGGGACACCACUAGUGCUGCUCGAGGCUUCAGAAAACAAGCUGUUUGACGCAAUGCACCCCUGGCUCAUCCUGACUAAUAUUGAAGAUGCUGACAAUUGCACUGAUUACAUUCAACAAUCAUUUCAACAGUUAAACCUAAGUGUUGACGCUGAUAUUGCUGUGGCCUCUUACAAUGACGGUGAUAAUUACACAUUGACAGACGUGUACAAUUUUGGUAAAAUACAAGGAAAUAAUUUAGAGGUCAAUCAUCUUGGUAUCUGGCGACCUGAAACAGGCUUGGAGAUAAAAUUGAAAGGUUACAAAUAUUAUAACCGAUGGAAUUUCCAGAAUUUAACUCUGCGGGCUAUAUCUGUGAUAGUGGAUCAGCCAGAGAUGUUCUACCCGGAGAUGUUGUCAGAGAUGACGUACACGGCGGGAGUGGCCGCCAUGACGAAGAUCACAUCCCAGAUGCUCAACACCCUCAAAGAACAACACAACUUCAGAUUCAACUAUAGCAUUGCAGGUCGUUGGAUUGGUUCUCCAAAGAGGAAUUCUACACUGGCCGUCACCAACGCAUUGUUUUGGGAAGAGCAGGAUUUAUCCAGCACUUGUGCUAGAAUAUUCCCAAAAUGGCUGGACUGGGUUGACAUAAUCCACCCUCCUACCACCAACCUUCAGACCAAGUUCUACUACCUGAUACCGGAGACAGGUGUGGGUCAGUACGAGAACCGGUUCCUCACGCCCAUGUCCCACGGCGUGUGGGGCUGCGCAUUCAUCGCUGGCAUCGCCUGUACCUUGGUCCUCACUGGAGCGGCGCGAAUGGAGAGUAGACCCAAACCCGGGUUAUACGCCUUCUUCAGCGUAUUUGCUGCUGUUUGUCAACAAGGUUAUGAAGACGGAGUACAAUUGUUGGAAACGUGUUCGAGUCAAGGUCGAAGAUUGACCCUACUGGUGAUCGGGUUGACGAGUAUGUUGCUGUACAACUACUACACCAGUAGCGUGGUCUCCUGGCUCCUGAACGCUGCGGCGCCGUCCAUCGGCAACCUCGACGGACUCAUCAAUAGCGACUUCGAAUUGAUAUUUGAGGAUAUUGGGUACACGAGGGGUUGGCUUGACAAUCCCGGAUUCUUUUACUACAGUGGAUUCAAGAACGUGAAAGAAGAUGAACUGAGGGACAAAAAGGUGACAAAAGCUAAAAGAACUGUCCCAGUACUACAAACUGUGAACACGGGUGUCGAACUACUGCGAACUGGCAAAUACGCAUUCCACACGGAGCCGUACACUGCAGCUCAGGUGAUCUCCAAGACGUACGAGGAUGAGGAGCUGUGCAACCUUGGAGCACUGCAGAUGAUGCUGCCAGCUCACGUCUACAUCAUGGCACAGAAGCGGAGCCCUUACAAGGAGUUCUUUGAUUGGAGUCUUCUACGUCUCUUAGAACGUGGUCAUGUGAAGGCCAUACGUGCUCGCUUUGCUGGCACCAUGCCUGCCUGUUCAGGAGCCAGACCUCGAGCGCUCGCUCUCGGCCAGGCAGCUCCGGCCUUCCUGAUGCUGCUCCUCUGUGUCCUGCUGUCCUGGAUCAUACUGGCAUUCGAAGUGCUCUGGUCAAAAGUCCAGCUGAAAAAGCGUGGUCCGUGAACGUCAAACAAAAAGUGACGUCACUAGUGAUUGGGCUAUGAUCACAGCACAUCAAGACACCUACUAACAUAGGACGAUGAAAAAAAAACAAUUGAGGGAAGACGUUUGACGGGGGGAAAGCCACAAGGAAGGAUUUUGCACAGUAGUCUAAGUACACUAAUACAAGGCAGCUUUG